GCAUCCAUCUUCAGACCGUUGUGUCGAGGUCGCAAUUAGGUAAACUGGAACCGAUUAUCGUUUAUCUUCCACCGACUGCAAAAGCCCGCUCCCACCUCCUCGACGCAACCCCCACACACACGCCGAAUUUGGCAUCAGCUUUUGGACAGUUAUCUUCCUACUCUCCAUCGCCGGAACGCUAAGCAGCCAUGGCCACAAACGGUAAUCUUGAUCACACCGACCACUAUGCUGCACCGGCCCAGACAACAGAGGCGCCGACCAACGCGGACGGCUCGCCCGCCACCGUGCCCAAGGAUGAGGUCGCCUGGUAUUUCGUCGAGCAGUACUACACAACCAUGAGCAAGUCGCCCGAGAGGCUGCAUCUGUACUAUGGCAAGAAGAGUCAGUUCGUUUGCGGCCGCGAAGCCGAGGUUGUGAAUGUCUCGUUCGGUAGACAAGCCAUCCAGGAGCGGAUCAAGGCUAUGGACUUCCAGGAUUGCAAGGUUCGCAUCUCCAACGUCGACACCCAGGGCUCCAACGAGAACAUCCUCAUUACGGUUAUCGGCGAGAUGGCGAACAAGGAUGGCGAGCCCAAGAAGUAUAUUCAGACAUUCGUGCUCGCCCAGCAACCGUCUGGCUACUUCGUCCUCAACGACAUGCUGAGGUUCCUGAAUGAGGAUGCCGAGGAGGAAGAGGCAGAGGUGCCCUCUGAGGAAGCCGCCGCUCCAGUUGAGAUGCCCGCUUCUGCUGAGCCCGAAGCCAAGACGGAGGAGGUUCCCCCCGCCAAGGAGACCGCCCAGGAGCAGGAUGUCCCAUUGGACACCGAGGCCGUCACCGAGAAGCUGGAGGCUGCUGAGUCCCCCAGCGCCGUCGAGACACCUGCUACCGAACAGGCUGCUGAGGCUCCAGAGGCGGCCGCUGCAGAGGAGCCGCAGGCUCAGCCCGACGUGGAAAAGACGGUUGAGGAGCUUGCAGAGGAGGAGGUCACGAAGCCCGAGGAACCUAAGGACCCCGCCCCUACGCCUGCCGCCGCGCCUCCUCCGGUCCGUGCUGCAGCUCCGGCCCCCGCACCUGCGCAGCCCGAGAAGCCCAAGGAGCCCCCCAAGCCUAUGUCGUGGGCCAGUCGGGCGGCUGCGGCUGCGGCUGCGGCUGUCCCCGCCGCCUUACGUCCCGCGGUCCCCAAGACCGCUACACCGCCUGCCCCGGCCCAGCCACGUGCUCCGGUCCCUGCCACUCCUCAACAAGCCGCGCCCGCCGCUCAGCCGCAGGAGACCGCUGCUGCACCAGCCGCCUCCAAGGACCAGGGUGAGUGGCAAACCGCCGAGACGAAGCGUCAGAGCCGCGCCCAGCCGGCCUCUGCCGGCCCAGCCGAGAAGGAGGGCACCAUGGCGUACAUCAAGUAUGUCACCGACAAGGUCAAGGACGAGGAUCUGAAGGCUACGCUGUCCAACUUUGGGGAGUUGGCCUACUUCGACAUCAACCGCCUGAAGAAUUGCGCCUUCGUCGAGUUCAAGACCCAGGCCGGCUACAAUGCUGCGGUUGCCGCCAACCCACACACUGUGAACGGCGAGAACAUUGUCGUCGAGCAGCGCCGCCCCAAGGCCAACGCGUACGGCGGUUCCAACUACAACGCUGCCCGUGGCGGUGCCGGCCGCGGCGGCCGAGGUGGGUUCGAGCCCUCUCGGUCCGGCAGCCAGAGCGGGCGCGGUGCUUUCUCCGGUCAGUCGCGCGGUCGGGGCGGCGGCGGCGGCGGCCCUCGUGGGCGGGGCGCCUCCCAGGCCGGUGCUGCCUAGUUGGCGCUUAGCCGCGUAACGGCUGAGCUGUUGCUCGCUCAUCCACGCUGUCUCUCGCUCCCGGAGAGGCUGAGCUGAGCCGGUCUCUGUCGCGGUGGUGAAUGACUGGACUGCCUUUCGGACGAAUUUCAUUAU